UCUGUUUUCUCAGAGGCAGGGUUGGAGUUUUUUUUCCUGGCGGGACUUUCAGUUUUUUUCUUUGGAAAAUGUUUACCGGCUGCAGAAACGCUGGAUUAUCUACACAACAGGCUAAUAACUUUAUCCUGUGAAUUCUCUUAUUAAAGUAGUGAUUAAGUAGGCACACAGUGAGGUAGAGAUGGCUGGGAGUACAGUGGAGUACACUAUAGGAGGAGUGAAAAUCAACUUUCCCUGUAAAGCCUACCCCUCUCAACUCGCCAUGAUGAAUUCAAUUGUUCGGGGUCUGAAUCACGGGCAGCACUGUCUGUUGGAGAGUCCCACUGGCAGCGGGAAGAGCCUGGCACUGCUGUGUUCAGCCCUGGCGUGGCAGCAGGCACAGUACGGAAAGCUCGGUCAGGAUGGAUCUUCCUGUGGUGUGAAGAAGCCGGGUGUGAUCACUCCGUGUCAGUGUGUGUGUCACAGCCGAGCUCCCGCUACACACACUUCCUCCAGCAGCAGCACAGCCUUUAAUCCAGCACUGAUCGAUAAUAAUCACACUCACACUGAUACUCCUCUGAAGGCACAAGAGGACAAUCCAUCCCAGAGGACGACUCUGUCCUCCAGACUCUCCGAGAAGCUUCAGGCCUCCUGUGCUGCGAAUAAAGAAGAAGAGAACGAGGAGGAAGACGGCGAUUUCAGGAACGACAGGAAGCGCAUUCGGACUCCUGCUGGGGAUCAGAAGCUCAAUAGCGCUUUCCUUCCUCAAUCCUUUGAUGUUCAGCAGAGCAGGAAGAGAAGGUGUCUGGAGAAAGGCGUGGUUUAUAUCGAUGAUGAAGAUGAAGAUAAGGCAGGAAGCUGCAGGGUGGAGCUGAGCAGUCAGGCAGAGCGCUGUUCUCCCGUGUCCUGUACCCUGUGCCCCUGUGCCACUCUGGGAGAAGCUCAGAAGACAGGGGAAAAGACGAAGGAUAAAGAGAAGGAUAAAGAGAAGGAGGGCAACAUGAAGAAAACUGUACCUAAGAUCUUUUUUGGAACUCGUACCCAUAAACAGAUCACUCAGAUCGCCCGCGAGCUGAAGAGGACACUGUACUCCACCGUCCCCAUGACCAUCCUGUCCAGCCGAGACCAUACCUGCGUCCACCCUGAGGUGAUGCCCCACGCCAACCGCAACGAGCGCUGCAAGGAGCUGCUGGAGGCCAAAAACGGUCUCUCUUGCCGGUUCUACCAUAAUGUGCAUAAGAUGCGGGAGCAGAGCAGUCUGCAGUGGGUGCACGGGCUGCACCAGGCCUGGGAUAUAGAGGAGCUGGUACGACUAGGCACUAAGCUGCGCUCCUGCGCGUACUACGCUGCACGGGAGCUCAUGCAGGAGGCAUGCAUCGUCUUCUGUCCUUACAACUAUUUACUGGACCCUCUUAUUCGGGAGAGCAUGGAGAUUAAUCUGCAGGGGCAGAUCGUGGUUCUGGAUGAAGCUCAUAAUAUAGAGGACUGUGCCCGUGAGAGUGCCAGCUUCACCCUGAACCAGGCUCAGCUGCUUCAGGCCCGCGAGGAGAUCGAGAGCCUGGUCUCCUACAACAUCCGCCGCAGCAACCACGAGCCUCUGCUGGCCUUCUGCUGCAGCCUGCUGAACUGGGUGCAGGAGAGCUCCGGUUCGCUGCGAGAGCGGGAUUAUGAGAGUGCGUGUAAGGUCUGGACGGGGAGGGAAGUUCUGGAGAUUUUUCAUGGUUUUGGAAUCACAGCUGCCACUUUUCCACUGCUGCAGAAGCACCUGGAGGCGGUUCUGGAGAAAGAGGAAAGGAUCGGAUUGGUGAAUGGGAGAGAGGACACCGUGCAGGUCCCCACCAUCGCCUCCAGCACUCAGUCUGUGCUCAAGAGCCUCUUCAUGGUGCUGGAGUUCCUGUUCCGACAGAACUGCAGGUUUGCAGAUGAUUAUCGUGUGGCCCUGCAGCAGAGUUAUAUCUGGAGCACUCAGCAGGACGCUCCUGAUGCUCAGGGUUUUUUCGCUCGGCCGCAGCGCCGCCGUCAGACUCGCACUAAAACCAUGGUGCACACUCUGAGCUUCUGGUGUCUUAACCCUGCUGUGGCGUUCUCUGAUCUGAGUGAUUCAGUGCGCAGUAUAGUGCUCACAUCCGGUACUCUUUCUCCGAUGGGCUCCUUCUCCUCAGAGCUCGGCAUCAAAUUCUCCAUCCAGCUGGAGGCCAGCCACGUCAUCAGCCAAUCACAGGUGUGGGUUGGUACAGUUGGAAUGGGUCCUCAGGGUCGGAGGCUGUGUGCUACGUUUCAGCACACGGAGACGUUUGCGUUUCAGGAUGAGGUGGGGGCGCUGCUGCUGAAGGUGUGUCAGACUGUGAGUCGGGGAGUGCUCUGCUUCCUGCCCUCAUACAAGCUGCUGGAUAAGCUGAGGGAUCGCUGGAUGAACACGGGUCUGUGGGAGAAGCUGGAGGAGUGUAAGGCCGUGAUCACAGAGCCAAGAGGAGGAGCCAAGAGCGACUUCGAUGAGCUUCUGCAGACUUACUAUGAGGCCAUACGGCAAAGUGGAUCCAGAGAUGGAGCUCUGCUGAUCGCUGUGUGCAGAGGGAAAGUGAGUGAGGGGCUGGACUUCACUGAUGAUAACGCGAGAGCAGUGGUCACUGUCGGGAUUCCCUUCCCCAACAUCAAAGACCUUCAGGUUGAACUGAAGAUGAAAUAUAAUGAUCAGCAUUCCAAAUCCAGAGGUCUUCUACCUGGAGGUCGCUGGUAUGAGAUCCAGGCAUAUCGAGCUUUAAACCAGGCUUUAGGAAGGUGCAUUCGGCAUAAAAACGACUGGGGGGCUCUUAUUCUAGUAGAUGACCGUUUUAGAUCCAACCCCAACAAGUACAUCACAGGCCUGUCGAAAUGGGUCCGUCAGCUGGUGAGACAUCACGAGAACUUCACCAGCGCCAUGCAGUCCCUGCAGUCCUUCUCCCAGAGCCAACAGGGGGCGCUGCAGAGCCACGCCCAGGAGCCCGGACACAUCGUCCCCGUGUCUCCUAGUGUCUCCAGGACCGAGACAUCAGCUCUGUCCCCUCCUGAAUUCCCCGACUUAUCUCAACACCUGACCUCUCAGGAUCACACGGCCCUGUGUCCCGUCAGCUUCCCAUCUGAACCAGCAGGCGCCCAGUCACUUUUACCUCCACCCUCUGAUCCUCCAGUCCUCCAGAGUGAAGAAUCCAAAAUCAAAUCCACAUCACGACCUUCAUUUAACCUCUUCACCUCCACUCCCGUCAGCACCCGCCUGAAAACACCUCUCUUUAAAACCAGGGACUUUAAAAAGAAGGAUGCUGAUCAGAGCCCCAGAUCUCCAGCAUCCUGUAAAAACCUCAUCAUUCCAGCAGCUGUGGAGGAAGAAGAAGCUCAGACGGGAAGUGGGGGAGAAGGAGGAGGAAGUGCUGAUAAAAACGGACUAAAAGUGAUAAGAUCUGAUCUUCCUCCUCAACAGUUCCUCUUAUCUCCGGUAAGAUCUGUCCCUGGAUGCAGCAGCAUCAGCACCACCAGCAUCAUCACCAUCAGUGCUGCUGCUGCUGCUGCUGCAGGUCCUGAAGAAGAUGAUGAUUAUGGAGGAGGAGAAGAAGAGCAGGACGAGAGGUCCUGCUUCACCCCAGAGCUCUUUGAUAAUGAUGAGGAGGAGGAAGAUGGUGAGAUAACUGUAGGAGAUGAGAAUAAAGCUCCUCCUGAGAGGGGACAGAUCUCCUGUCCUUCUAGUUCGGUCACUGAGGGACAUUCUGAGGACAUGUCCUGCUUGGAGCAGAUCAGGAAAAGGAUCAGCCUUGAAAUUACUGAUACUAAGAUCAAUAAUGAUGUUUAUAAAGCUGACUGUGUUUCUCUGAACAGAGAGUGUGUUAUAGAUCAGAGUGUAGCAGAGCAGACAGGGACGAGCUGUAGGACAGGACAUGAGGACAGGGACAGAGGACAAAGACAGCGCAGUAAUAGCAGAUCACACAGGCUCUCCAGGUCUAGACAGAAAGCUCCCAGCAAAUCAGCAGCAGCUUCAGGUCAGGGAUCAGUUCAGCAGGUCAGUGCAGGAGAAAGGAAGGGAUUGAGAGCGUCCCGACGAGGAAAGCAAACCAGGGGUCAAGCGAGUUCUUCACCUUCAACAAACCGAACUCUAAUAAUCCCUCGUUCAGACUUGACCCGAGACGAACCGGUUCAGAUCAGGGACAGGAAGGGGAAAGCAGGAGAAUCCUCUGAAGCUCCUGAACCCCGGAGAACCUCCUGCUCUACAGAGCCCUCAGCCUCCUCCCGCCUGCAGUACAGCAAAAACACCGCUAACGCUAAUGCUAAAGCUAAAGUUCGGUCAGCGAGACGCAGAGCAGGACUCGAGUCCUGCAGCACUGAUACGGUUCUGCUGAAGAGCUCAGCUGAUCAGGAGCAGGACGCUGUGAGAUUUGAGAUCAUCACUCCGGAGAACAGGAGCAGAGAAGAUCCAGAACUAACAGAGGAGGAGAAUCAGGGAUCAGGAGGGAUUAGGAUUCAGAGAUCCUGUGUGAGGAACAGUAAGAAGAUCAGAAAGGUGCAAAAAGGAGUUUGUAGAAGCAGAUCUGCUCAGAGACAGAAGCAGUCUUCCUGCCAGUCCCCCUGUAUGAAAGGACUUCACUGUGCUUCCUGCCAGACUGAGCUCCUGCCCCAAACCCAAGGUGUUGUUCAGAGAGCAGAGUGUGGAUCAGCUGAACUGUCCUGUUUACUGCAGAUCUGCAGGAGGAUAAACGAGACUCAGUGUUCAUGCAGCCCCUCAGCAUCCACCCAGAACACCAGCACAUCACUAUUACUGAUCCAGAAUAGUGACGCUCUACAGACCCUACGCUCCACUCUACAGCCUUACACAUCCCGCACUCUAACAGGUCUGUGUUCAUAUAACGCAGUGUGGAAUCAGGCUCAGUGUUCAGUGAUUCAGCUGCUUCAGUGUCGGUUCUGUCUGUCCUGCUGUCCGGAUCCAGAUCAUGCUGCUGUCCUCGCUGCUGAUAUCCAGAACCCAACAGACCCGUCCCUGGACCAGAUCUGGUUGGUUCCCUCAGCGCUUCGAUUCUGCUGUAGGAUCAUCACUGAUCAGGGAAGUAAACAGUGAGCUGAUUUUCCACAUUUGUUUUACCUAAAUAAACUAUUAUUGUAAAUAAUUUUCUUUAUAAAUAAUUAGAUGAACUGAUGAACCAGUUGUAUGUUUUAUUUGAUCAGAACUCUGAAUGUGUCUGUUCGUGUU